CUAACAGAGGCAGAAAUGAGGUUUAAAGAAAAGAUAGUGGUGGAAACUAUGAAGCUGAACAAGCAAAUAAAACAAGCUCAAAUGGAACGAGAACGGCUGAAGGAGGAAACCAGGCAGCUACACGCUGAAAAGUUACUUGUCCAGGCUGAAAACAAAUUCUUUCUGGAAUACGUGACCAACAAAACUGAGGAGUAUAGAAGGCAACCUGAGGAACUGUGGAACAACUAUUUACAAGAAAGUGGCGAGAUUGAACGAAGGAGGCAAGAAUCAGCCUCCAAAUAUGCAAAACAAACUUCAGUGCUUAAAACAGAGCUCUUGGAGAAGGAAAAGAUCCAUUCCAAUUUGAAGCAGCAGUUGCAAGCAUUGAGGGACAUUUCAGUAUUAAAGGAGAAACAGGAGAGGGAAAUGCAGACAUUACAAGCGGAGACAGCUGCAAAGAAACAGGAAAUCCAUGUCCAGUUCCUCCAGCAAAAAGCAUUACUGGAGAAACAACUGACUGAGCCAGACAUGAGUCAACUGGGAAAGAGAAGAAGAAAGGAGCUUAACAGGAAGACCCAGCCCUUGGAGUUGGCAGCAAAGCAGUAUAAUUUUGAGUUCUACCGUGACAUCAACAGAGAGAACCAGCAGUUGAAGGAACUACUGCAGUUAAAUCAGCAAUGCCAGGAGUUGCAGGCCACACCAAGCCAGUUAAAAAAUCAGAAGCAGCAGCUGCAGCAGGAGCAGUGGUAUGUGGAGUGCUUAAUGCCGGGGAGGCGACGACUGCAAGGCAGGCACAAUGGUGCCCAAAAGGACAGGGUGCUCCAAAGACCACACCGACCCCUCCCCUAGGCACGAAAUCAAGGAUUAAUCCAAAGUAAUUCCUAAAAUAACACUGAUUCAGUAAGGACCAGAGCAGGUAUUCUUAGGUGCCACAUAAACCUGGUUAGGAAGACUUUUGGAUCUCAGCUUGCUAUGGCAAAAUAUCCAUCGUGAUGUGUUAGUGUGAAGAAUUAGGUGCUUUUUUCCAGCAGUACUAGAUAUUUGUGUGACUGGCUACCCUUAACUAGGUUUUUCUUUAAUUAGCUCUUGUUAAUAAACAGGAUGUUCCUCAAACCUCCAGAUAACCUAAUACCAUAUGCCAAAUAUCUGUACAUUAAACUAGCUCAAGAAAGCCACCUUGAGGAAGUGAAAGGAAAACAGUUGGGUGAUUUAUUUCAUCUAGCUAAGUUAGAUCUCUUUAUAGAAAAAGCACCAUUAAGGGUAGCAUUUCAGAUUGACUAUGUACUGCUUCCUGCUCUGUAAACAACCAAUAUCAGUUUAUCCUCAUUCCUUUAGGCCAACUCAGCACAUAAAGGCAAAGUGUUUUUAAGUUUUUUUUAAAGUUUGUGCCAGUGACCAGGUAGCUCCUUCUGUAGUUUUCUCAUGAGUGAAAAAGUACUCUAAUAACAGCAAGUUCAAAAAGCACUGGGCAGGAUGACCUUUUGUCUGAAGCAGCCCCUAAAAUUUUACCUCUGAGUAAAUUGGGAAACAAAGAUAAAGGGAACGUAUAUUAGGUCAACUCUCACUUUUGAAAAUGUUUUCUGUAAAGAAAUAUUUCCAGUAUUAAUGAAGUGACUGAAUAGCUCUGUUUCAGGAAAUUGUAUCAAAAGAAAAUUUAAAAUUAUUUUUUUAAAGAGUUUUGUGCCAUCUAUUUCCCUAGCAACAUCCUGAAUUCUAAGACGACAAGAUUAUUUAAUGUUAAAUAUAGCAAGUACUUUAGUUUUAGGUCACUUACUACAUUUUCUUACUAUAUGUGCACUUAAUAGUACACGAAAUGCCUUUUGUAA